AUGGACGCGACAGGACAAGGUUUUCACGCGCAAUGGCAGCCCACCGACACGACGCACCUCGCGCCCACCAAUCUCCCACUGGCACGUGUUCGGCGCGCGUGGGAGAGGAAAGCGAUAUCGCCUUUGUCUAGGGUGGGGCGGAAUCUGGCUGAUCAGGUGGUGGGAGGGGGUGGUGAUGAUGUUUUGGUUGGGGUGAAUGGGAAGAGGGGGAGGGGUGCGGGUAGUCCUUUGAAGUCUGUUAAGAAGGUCAAGUUGGAUUGUGGAGGGGGUGUUGGGAGUGGGGUAGUGGUGAAGGUGUCGAGGUGGGAGGAGCCGGGGAGUCCCGGGAGAAGGAUUGUUACGAGGAGUUCGGCGGGUUUGGCAGAUAUCGUGGCUUUGGCUGAGGAGGGCGAGGAGGGAGAGCAGGUGGAAGAGGAGGAAGAGGAGGAAGGUGAUGUUACGGUGGAGGUAUUUGACCAAGAUGGGCAACUGGUGGAGGGUGCGGAGGGUGCGGAAGAGGACGAGCAGAGCUGGUCUGAUGUCGAGGUUGAGCUUGAGAAGGAUGAGGAAGGAGCAUUUGAGCAUCCUAUGACGCAUCUCCCCCACGCCAUGUCGCAUAACGUAGACACAAGCACGUGGGCGUCGUCCGAGGGCAACGAGAUGGUGGAGAAAGCGGCAGAAGAUGAGGAGGAGAUUGCGGCGAACACAACCAUCUCUCUUCCCGUAAAAUCAGCUCCCAUACUCUCUGCGCCCAGCGAGGUCAUACUGCCCGAAGGCUUUGUCAGCCCGGCCAAGCAGAGACGGAAGCUGGGCCCGCGAUCCUCUAGGACUGUAUCUGCUGCGAGGCGCCAGACGCUGCCUGUGCAAUUUGCGCCUGCCGUGAUAGCGACGGCGAGACAGAAUUCCGCGCCUGUAGAGGUAGAGGCUGUGCAGAUGGAGGAGCCUAGAGAAGAAGUCGGCAAGCUGGGGGCUGAGGAAUUAGAUCUACAUAUGGAGGAACAGGAGGGUGCGGCACAAGCUCAUGACGGGGCCACAAACAUCGAAAUGGUGCAAGAAGCGGAGGUCGACGAUGUCGUGCCAAUAGGGGACAACGAGGUGGAGGCAGCAGCGACGAACGACGAGUGGGAAGAUAUCGGAGAGGAGGACGACGAAGAGCAGCAAUCAGAAGGUCAAGAUGUCCCCAGCGAGGAGGAGGAAGUAUCCCACACCCAAUCCGACAUGCUCGCACCGCAAGAAGACAAGCUACAGUCCAGCCCAGCAGCAUCCACCGAAGGCCCACAUCCACGACCACCGCUCCGCCGCUCCCCGCGCAGGAAAUCCUCGAGUCCGCUAAAGCAGAGUACUGUCUUCGACCACACCGAGAAACCACAUCUCGUGGCAUUCACCCCUCUGAAACGAGUGCAAGACAUGCCGUACAAUGAUCACUUCACCAACCCACCUGAGCAGGAGUCCGAAACACAUUCCCAAGAAACCCCACCCACCGAUCUCCUCCCACGCGCCAUUUCCGCACCGCCCGAAGAAGAACCCCUCCAGAUCUCCCCACGUAAAGCAAGCAGCAACAAACCCCCCCGGAUCUCAGACGACACCGCCCUCCUCCAAGCCUUCCUCCACCGCGCCGCGGCGGAAAAGAACAAGACAUCACGGCGCCGCCUGUCAGCAUCGGAGAAGGAGUCCCUGACUAACCGUCGGGACUCGGAUACCGUGCGGCAGGCCCUUGCUAGUCCGGGGACGGGGAAGGGAAUGGAUACUGUACUGGGGGAGUUGGAUGUUAAUACCUUUCUUAGUCCUAGGAAGGCUGAGAAAGGUUUGGAGGGGCUAGAGGGAGGAGGGAUGGAUUGGGAGGGUGGGAAGGAGGGUGUGAAGGGGGAUCAAGUUACUGACGAUUUAGCUAGGAGUGAGGAUGUUUUGAAGGAAACAGACGGCGAUGAUACGCCAGCGGACCCCACGCCAGCUAGCGCCGGACCGGACCCAGUACCAGAAGAAGAACUAGCCACGCGCCGCACCCGCAGCGGGCGCGAGAGGAAGAAACCACAGGUAUACUCCCAACCCCAAUCGCAACCACAACAACCACAACACCCCACCUUCCUUGCCGCUACUUCUGUAGACUCCGCGUCUGGUCCUGUCCCUGCUGCUCUCGUUCCUUCAAGAAUUACGAUCAGAGGAACGGCGAGUGCUACCGAUUUCCACGUCAAGCGGUCUGAAGCACAGGAGUUGGCGGUGGUGACUAGGAGUAACACGCGGAAGAAUAAGGGGGGGAGUACGAUGCCUAGGGGCAGGAUUGGGGGGUUGAAUAAGGAAUGGUUGGUGGAGGAUGAGAGGGAGGCUGAGGGUGGUGGUGGUGGUGAGGGUGAGGACGGUGGGGGAGUUGAUGCUGGGGUUGAUGCUGAGGUGAGAGAUGCUGUGGUUGGGGUUGAUGAAAGGAAGAAGAAGAAGAGGAAGACGUUGACCUGGUCCGAGACCCUCGUCUCCUUCUACCAAGGCGGCACAGCCGACCCCGAAACAAGCCAACUUAGCGAUGAGCCGGAGGAGAAGAUGCCGUGGGAGAGGGGGGCGGACUUUGAUCCUACGGUUGAGAUUCUGGAGGUGGAGGAGCCGAGCAAGAAAAAGGUGAAGGUUGCUAAGAAGGCGGUGCCGGCUGUCGAGACUCCGAGUAAACCUAAGGCGCAAAAGCCUGGUAAGAUGAGGAAGUUGCAGAAGGGUGGGAGGACUGCUUCUUCUUCUUCUUCUUUUUCAGCUUCUUCUGCUUCUUCUUCUGCUACUGCUCCGGCUCCUGCGGCUGCGGCUCCUGAGAAAGACAUGGUUGCUAUUCGGCAUACAGACGUGGAGAUGGCUAUCCCGGCAGCAGCAGCGGCGGAACAAAAGGAGGAAGAGGAAGGGGAAGAGGAGGAGGGAGCAAGGAAAGAUGAGAAGGCUAAGCCUGUGUCCAAGGCGCGGAGAUCGAGGAUUGCUACGCCUGCUAAGGGCAGGGGGAUGGCCAAUUCCGCCUCUAAUUCGGCGCUUCUGCCUUCGGACUUGAAUCUGGCGCCGACGACGAUCUCUGUCUCCGGCACGACGACGACGACGAUGGAGAAGAAAGGUCCGCUUUUGGCGACGGCGGCGGCGAGCAAGAAACGCGGUGCGGUGAGUGCUUCGCGCUUGCCUGCUCCGGGAAGCAUAUCUGCACCACCAGCUCAGCCCGCGCCUGCGCCUGCGCUUGGACUGAUAUCCUCGCCUGCUAAAAAACCACGAUCUACCACCUCUGCACCAUCAACAGUGGCAGGCGGUUUGAACCCCAUAUCCUUCCCGCCCCCCUCAUCAUCAUCGACGAGACCCUCUGCAGCGCCUAAACUCGACUUCAGCGCGGCCGAGACGUUCAAACCCACUUUUACUUUUACCACUGCUGAGAACGACACGGCUGCGGCUGCGGCCACGGUGCCGGUGCUCGGUCUUAUGUCCCCGGCUAAGAAACCGCGGGGACGGCCGAUGGGUAGUGGGCUGGGAACUGAGGCGGGAGCGCACGGGAAGUUGUUGGGGGCAGUAGGGGAGGAGAGGGAUGCUGGGGCGGGAUCUGGAGUGGGUUUGGGUGUGGCAUUGGGUUUGGGCGCGAGUCCGGCUAAGAGGAGUAGACGGCGGGUUGGUUAG